UCUGUUGAUGUGUCGUGAUUGUCCAAUAUAAAAUAUCAAUAUUUUGGAAUUUAUGAAAGAAAAACAAUAAUUUUAAUCAAACUUUUCGUAUUUACAAAGGAUAAUAACUAUUCCGUCUUUCAAUGAAGUUUCCAUGGACGAUAGAAUUAUGGAAUCAAGCAGCUCUAGUUGUUACAACCAUUCGUCGGUCAGCAGCGAUCAUCCUAAAAGUAUCAUACACAUCGAUGUAGACUGUUUUUAUGCUCAAGUGGAGAUGGUGCGAAAACCCGAGCUGCGCUCCCUUCCUCUUGGUAUACAACAAAAAAACAUCGUCGUAACCAGUAAUUACGAAGCCCGAAAAUAUGGUAUAAAGAAGUGUAUGCUCGUAACUGAUGCUCUGAAAGUUUGUCCCAGUUUGAAAUUACUGAAUGGUGAAGACUUGUACAACUAUAGGACGGCCUCUAAUAAUAUAUUCGCUGCACUUCUACAUUGGAAGUGUCCAGUUGAAAAGCUUGGAAUGGAUGAGAAUUUUAUAGAUGUCACAAAUUUAGUUGAGGAAAGAGUUAAGAAUGGUGGUGAUGGGUUUUCACUUGUUGGUCAUGUGUACAGCGAGCCAAUGAGUGAAUGUAUAUGUGGAUGUCACACGCGCCUCAAAGUGGCUUCACAAAUUGCCAGUGAGAUGAGGAAGAAACUAUUUGAUGAGUUGGGUUUUACAACCUGUGCUGGUAUUGCACACAACAAAUUGUUAGCAAAAUUAAUCUGUCCACUUCACAAACCAAAUGACCAAACAACAAUUUAUCCAGAACAUGGGGCCAGUUUUAUGUCCACAUUGCAAAGUGUCCGGGCCAUUCCAAGUAUUGGGUCUAAAACAACUGAGGCACUUAUAUCUCAAAAAAUAGUUACUGUGAGUGAUUUGCAGCAAGUAUCUGUUGAUGUGUUGAAAAAACAUUUUAGUAGUGAUAUGGCAGUAAGACUUAAAAAUCUUAGUUUAGGGGAAGAUAAUACUCCAGUGAAGCAAACAGGUAAACCUCAGAGCAUAGGCCUAGAAGAUAGUUUCAAAACUGUCAGUGUGAAGAGUGAGGUUGAAGAAAGAUUUGCUACAUUACUACAAAGGUUACUCGUGUUGGUGAGAGAGGAUGGUCGGAUUCCAGUUUCACUACGAGUGACUUUAAGAAAGAAAGAUGUCAAGAGAUUAUGCAGUCACCGAGAGUCUAGGCAGUGUCAGGUUUCUCCCUCCAUCUUUACCAUAAACAAUGGUACACCCACUGUAACAGAAGUGGGACAGCAAAAGUUAAUGACCUCAAUUAUGAGAUUAUUCAACAAACUCAUUGACUUAAGCAAACCAUUCCAUUUGACAUUAGUAGGACUGGCUUUUACAAAGUUUCAGGAGCGAAUGACGGGCAGAGGUUCUAUUGUAAAUUAUUUAAUGAAUGAUAUAUCAGUACAAUCUGUGCUUAACAUCACAAAUGAUUGCGAUACUUCUGCUUCCUCAAUGGACUACUCAGCAGCAUCGCCUAGUAGCAGUACAACAACAGACCUUUCUGAUGCUGAAGUUGAACCAUCACCAAAAAAGCCUAAAAAAGUGAAUUGGAUAGCUAAAAAGAGAUGUUUAUCUAAAGGGGAAGUUGCAUCUCCAAGUAAGUUAAGAGUUAGUGAGCUCAGAUUAAAUUCUAGGGAGCUGGAGAAAGUUUCCGAGUUAAGACUUAACUCCAGGGACAGAUCUCUCACUCCAAGAGCAAGCCCUGCUAAGGAAAUUUCUGAUACAGACACAAUGAAAGAUGUUUCCGAUGCUGGUAAUUGUGAUGAUUGUCCAACUUAUGUUGAUAAAGAAGUGUUUAAUGCCUUACCUGAUGAGAUGCAGCAAGAGCUUAAGGCCAUGUGGAAGAAUCCAUCCAAUUCAGAGUUGCCUAGAAGUAGUCCUAGAAACAUGAACAAAGCAAAACCCAACACUAUCUUGAAAUAUUUUGUUCACAAAUAGCAUUAGUUAUAUAUUUUGGUUAUUACUUUAAGUGAUAAGUGAAUGAAUGGUUUCUAUUUUUUCAAAUCAUACAAUUUUUAUUCG